AGUUGGGGCACAGCGCGAACAACGGCGAGCGAAAAACCGCCGCACUUUUCCUUUAUUUUUUCGCUCGCCGUUUAUGCCUGAAAGAGGCUUGAAGAUAUAUAAAUCCUACUGCAACCCUGACGAGCAGUCCAUGUAAGACAAAUAGAGAAACGGAAAGGACAUCGACAGUGUGGAAGGAGCAGAUUUAACCUGCCAUGAGGCGUAUUUAUUUUGAGUGGCGAUUGGAGAGAAAAUCGCUGGUUUUAAGCUCUGAAAGCGCAUUGGACGGCGUUUGGUGCUGUCGGUGGCCAUCAACUUCAACCCAGCACGUUAUCACGUGACCCGACCCAAGCCCCUCCCUCUGCUUUGUUUUGAGAAUGGCUCCUGGAUGUUUUCCUUUGAGGAGAACGCUAUGAGUCCUCGACUCAUCUGUAUAUUUUGCACGAAGUGCGAGCGUUCAUUUGUUUUUGCAAACACUCCAAUGUAAUCGAAUGAAUGUUAUGAACAUAGGAGAGUUUUAUGUGGGCUGAGGCCUAGUGCAAUCCUUCAAUCGCGUUUUACGGAUGUGACAAGUUUCCCGUGGGCAGCUUCAGAGUACCAGAGUACGACAGAGUAGUGGUUGAAAUACAUUGGUGCGCUUGCGGUCGUAAAUUCAUCACUUUGGAGAGUUAAAAUGGCGUACGGACUGGACGAUAUUGAUUUAGCUUCACUGAAGGAUCCUGCCGGAAUAUUUGAUUUAGUGGAAGUCGUUGGCAAUGGAACUUAUGGCCAAGUACAUAAGGGUCGUCACAAAAGGACUGGGCAGCUGGCAGCUAUUAAGAUCAUGGACGUUACUGAAGAUGAAGAAGAGGAAAUAAAGCUAGAAAUAAAUGUUCUGAGAAAGUUUUCUCAUCAUCGUAACAUAGCUACUUACUAUGGAGCCUUUGUGAAGAAAGGCUUACCAGGACAAGAAGAUCAGCUUUGGCUUGUGAUGGAGUUCUGUGGAGCAGGGUCCAUAACAGACUUAGUUAAAGCUUCAAGAGGGAAAGCAUUAAAAGAAGAGUGGAUUUCAUACAUCUGUCAUGAAGUGCUCAACGGUGUGAGCCAUCUUCAUCAAAACCAUGUCAUACACAGAGACAUCAAAGGACAAAACGUGUUGUUAACAGACAGUGCUGAGGUCAAGUUAGUUGACUUUGGUGUUAGCGCUCAGUUAGACAGAACCAUUGGGAGAAGAAACACUUUCAUUGGAACUCCAUACUGGAUGGCUCCAGAAGUGAUUGCUUGUGAUGAGCAACCUGAUGCUACAUAUGACAACCGGUGUGACAUGUGGUCCAUAGGAAUCACAGCAAUUGAGAUGGCUGAAACUCAGCCUCCACUGUGCGACAUGCAUCCAAUGAGAGCACUGUUUCUAAUUCCACGGAGUGAACCUCCACGACUGAAGUCAAAGAAGGCAUGGUCUAAGAAAUUCCACAACUUUGUAAACACGUGCUUGAUAAAAGACUAUCAACAGAGACCCACAGCAGAUCAACUGUUACAGCAUGAAUUUAUUCGCGAUGCAAGGUCUCAUGAAAGGAAAAUUAGGAUUGAACUGAAAGAUUUCAUUGAUAGGAUGAAAAAGAAGAAAGCUCCUCCUGAUCAUGAAGAAGAGUAUCAAUAUUCUGGCAGCGAGGAGGAAGAUGAACAGUUGUUAGCAGGAAUGAUUGCUGAAGAAAUGGGCAUUGUAAAUGUCCAGUCAACACUUAGAAGAAAUCUGACUCUUAUGCAAGGAGGGACUUUUGGAAGAGGGAAUAAUUACCCACCAAGGAGGACAAGCAGUGGAAGCAGCCCUGAAAUGAAUCAGAACCACGCCCCACUGCAGCACAUGGGUGCAACUGGUGGGUAUGACAACGAUGUAUUUCUGGACACCAGUGUCGACAGCUUCAUGACAUUACAAAGCGAGGACACUAUUCCAGCAUCUAAUCAUUCACGUCAUCGGUCUGCAUCUGCAGAUGCACAACAAGAUGGGGAACUUACAUUGAGACCACAAAAUCAAGAUGGUGACGAGGAUGACUAUAAUACCAUGGUGGUGAAAGAAGAUGACAACGAAUCAGUAUCUAGUGCAUCGACUGCUAGCAUUGGGGAAGCAAAUGUCCCUACCCGACCCCUGACAAAUAACUUGCCAGAUGUGCUUCCUACACAGCAACAAGUUAAGAAAUCGCCAAAAUCUCCUGAUCGUCGAAAGUCCUCAGAUGAAUCCAUCGCGUCAUCAUUUGUGGCUCAAGACCCUAAAAAGGACAGGAAGUUUUCCAAACAACGGAGCUUUGGUUUUGGUCGGCCAUCACAAGCUCCUUCAGAGGUGUCGGUGAACUUGACGCCUGACAGGGCUUCAAAUGCUAAUCUGGAUGACUUGGCAAUGCCACAGAUCAGAAAGUACAAAUACAAAUUCCGUACAGAAAUCCUGUGUGGAGCUCUUUGGGGUGUUAAUCUUAUUGUUGGUACAGAAAAUGGCUUGUAUCUGCUGGACCGCAGUGGUUAUGGAAAAGUUUUUCAGCUGAUUUCCAGGCGCAGAUUUCAGCAGAUUGACGUUCUAGAAGGAAUAAACGUACUUAUUUCCAUCAGUGGCAAACAGAACAAACUCCGUGUGUAUUACCUAUCAUGGUUGAAGGCGAAGAUUCUAAAAGGAGAAGAGGCUGACCAUCACCGAAGACAGAGAGGUUACACAACGGUCGGUGAUCUAGAGGGAUGUGUUCACUACAAAGUUGUAAAUUUUCACCGAAUAAAAUUUCUUGCUAUUGCAACGGAGGACAAGAUUGAAGUUUAUGCUUGGGCCCCGAAACCUUAUCACAAGUUCAUGGCUUUUAAGUCAUUCCCGUCCUUGGUCCAGAGACCGCUGAUGUUGAAUGUGACGAUAGAGGCGGAAAACAGCAAACUGAAAGUUUGUUAUUCCUCUGACAUAGGUUUUCAUGCUGUGGACUUAGACUCGGCCUCAGUUAACGAUUUGUUUAUCCCAAGUCAGCUUCAAGAAAAGUUACAGCCACACGCCAUUAUUCCCUUACCGAGUUCGAGUGGUUUGGAACUUCUUUUGUGUUUUAACAAUGAAGGCGUUUAUGUCAAUACCAACGGAGAGCUGGUGAGACAUGCUGUGUUACAAUGGGGAGAAACUCCUUACGCUAUCGCUCAUAUAGGCUCUGGACAGAUCAUGGGUUGGGGAGAAAAGGCCAUCGAGGUCCGUUCUGUGGAGACGGGUCUUCUAGACGGUGUUUUUAUGCACAAAAGAGCUCAGACGUUUAGAUUUCUCUGUGAGAGAAACGAAAAGGUUUUCUUUUCUUCUCGGUCGAGUUCAAGCGGCCAGAUAUACUUCAUGACGCUAAGCAAAACGUUUAAGAACUUUGGUUACUGACAGUGACACAAACUCACUUCGGCGAAGGAAGUAAAACUACAGGAAGAUGAAAAUGAGUGAUAGAAGUACAGUGGAGAAGUGGUAUCCAUUGAGAUAUCCCGCUGAAGACAAAGCGAAUCACUAGUAUGUCCCUGAUCUACCAGAAGCAACGCGCAGUUUUCGGGAUGACCCUCGAGAUGACCCUCGGGAUUUCAAGAAUGAACAAGCUAACGCCGAUUUCUUUAGUGGCUGCUGUGGUACCGAAUAUUAUACGUUGAACUUUUGUGAUAAGAUUAAGUCUCAAGUUAAUGGUUACGUUGUAGUAACAAGUUUGGAGGGUUGAGCUUAAUGAUGGUCUGGUGAAGUAAAAAGAGAUUGUGGCUUCCUUCGAGAGAAAGAAUUUCUCCAAAAACGGCUUUGAAAGUGUGUUUGUGUACUCAACAAGUUAUAUCUGUAUAAAACAUUGCUUUUUUUAUCCGUGUAAA